GGGGAUCCUUUUGACGAAAAGUUCACCCUUCGCGUGGUUAAUUCCGAUUCCACUUCUCCAUCCUCCAUCCUCCACAUCACCAAUUCGACUUUGCUGUCCACCCCGACUACGGCAGUGUGCGCAUUCGCCAGCUUUGUUUAAUUGGUCAUCUUUUGCAUCAAUUAACAAGCUCCUCCCUACCUUCACAAUGGCCGACACCAAGCAGGCACCUGCUGCUGCUCCUGCGGCAGCAGAGACCAAGACCGAGACCAAGUCAGCUCGUCCCACCAUGCCCGACGAGGCCGAAUACCAGAAGAAGCUCAAGGUUGCUGAGAAGGAGCAUAAGGAGGCCCUCGACCAGCUGAGCGCCAUCAAGGCCAAGAUCGAGAUUGCCAUGCCCAACAAGAACAAGGAGCAGCAAUCCCCUACCCAGAAGCGUCGCGCCGAGCUCAUUGCUCAGGCCAACGAGAUUCGCCAGAAGCAGGGCGCCGGCAAGAAUGCCCGCACCUCCAAGCUCGACCAGAUCAAGCGCCUCGACGAGCAAAUGCGCUCCCGCAUCAACGAGCAGAAGACCGCCCGCUCCAAGGUCAACUUCAAGAGCGUCGAGGAGGUCGACCGCCAGAUCGAGAAGCUCGACUCCGAGGUCAACUCUGGCCGCAUGAAGAUUGUCGACGAGAAGAAGGCCCUCGCCGAGAUCUCCUCUCUUCGCAAGCUCAAGAAGAACUUCUCCCAGUUCGACGACUCCCAGAAGUCCAUUGACGACCUGAAGGCCAAGAUUAAGGAGAUCAAGGACUCGAUGGAAGACCCUGAGGCCAAGGCCAUGUCUGAGCAGUAUAACAAGAUCCAGGCCGAGCUGGACGCCAUCAAGGCCGAGGGCGACGAGGCCUACAAGAACCUCUCUUCCCUCCGUGACGAGCGCACUAGACUGCACAACCUCCAGAACGAGAAGUACGCCGCCCUCAAGACCAUCAAGGAUGAGUACUGGCAGCAGCGCAAGGCGGCUCAGGCCCACGAGCGCGAGGCUCGCGAGAAGGCCCGCGAGAGGAGGAAGAACGAGGCCGAGCGCUACCAGAAGGAGCGCAAGAAGGCCGACGCCGAGAAGUUCCUCGCCGACGCCAGCGACCCCGCCUACCUCGAGGAGAUCCGCCGCGCCAACAGCCUCCUCCAGUUCCUCGACCCCACCCACAAGGUCGAGAAGGCUCCUCUCCAGGCCGCCAGCGGCCUCACCGCUCAGGCUUCGCGUACUGUUGACGACUCGGGAAUUAAGGGUAUGAAGGUCGUCUCCAAGAAGGAUCGCGACGAGGACUUCUUCCCGGCCGUCAAGAAGGGAAAGAAGGGCAAGAAGGGUGGUGCCACCGAGGACAAGGCCGGCAAGUUCAACUGCCCGCCCUCCGUUGUCGAGGACUGCGCCUUCAUGGGCAUCGACCCCCCUAUGGCUGCUUCCGACGUCCCCGCCGUUGCCGAGAAGGUCAAGGCCAAGCUCGACCACUGGAAGAGCGACCAGGAGGCCCAGACUCAGCGCAACAUUGAGAAGGCGAAGAAGCAGCUCGAGAAGCUCGAGGCUGACGAGGCCAACGGUGUCAGCAACGGCGACUCGGUCGACGAGGUCACCAAGGACCUCAAGGAGACCUCCGUCGAGGAGAAGGCAUAGUCUUCUCACUCACUGACUCCGUCUACAACUUUUGCCUGACUGAAACCCACUGACUCUCAAGCCUGUCUUAUCUGCCUGACGUCCUCGCGCAGAUAUUAUGGACUAGGGGGAACGUGAACUCUCUCACCUCUCUGCCUCUUUGUCAACACACACCUCCCAACCGAUACACGUAUACGACUCACCCCUUCUCACAAAAAAGCACCACC